AUGCUUCAAGAGUACUUGAGAAAUCAAGAAGAGAGUACAAAGAAGAUGGAGAGAAGAAUCGAUUUCAUCCAUGAGAGCCUUGGAAACAAAUCUGAAGUCCUAUUCAAGCAAGUGAUCAAGCUUGAUGAAGACAUUAAGAAGUUAAGAGAGGAUCAUGAUCGAUCUUUGACCCUAGUUAAGCUUGAUGUUGCUUCCAAAUAUCAAGAGUUGCUGAACAAGAGCAUGAGAAUUGAAGAUACUAGCUAUGGCAAUAGCAAACAUCUUGGAUCAAUCUACAACCGCCUACAAGCCCUUGAAGGAUCAUCUCAUGCCAAUUACAAGAGAGAGAGGAGUCCAACACCCAACCACCCUCCCUUUUAUUGCAAUGCCAUCACAAGAAGAAGCACUACUCAAGUCCAUGAGGACAAUGAAGAAGAAGAAAGAGAGUAUGAGGAACAAUUGAAUGAUGAAGAUGAAGAGCAGAGCAUCGACAUCAAUGCUUCCCCAAAACAGAGCAUGGAUACACCAAGCCCUAGAGACCCUCGUUUCUCACCAAGAAGUCAAGCUUCUACACUUCCAAGAUUGGAAGCAAUGCAAAGACCAUCACCACCUACUGAAGAAGAAGAUACUUGGCAGUAUGAUCCCAUUGAUCCCAACAAGAUAAGCCCCAUGAAGCUUAAAGAGUUCAAUGCUAAGGUGAAAUCACUUCCAUUCUAUGUCACUUUUGAAGAAGCUUGGGAUAAACAUGGUCUAGUGGAGUUCUUUUUCACAACUAGUGAAAACAAAGAAGAGAUACACCAACUUUUCAGGAAGGCUCGAUUUCCCAUUGCCCCUCAUGGAGUCAAUCAACCACCAUCACCACCAUCAUCACCACCACCCAGUGGUAUGUCAAUUCCAUAUCAAGAGAGAAGCUUGCUGAGUUCAAUCAGUUUGUCCAAACUCUUCCAGCCAGCAUGUCUUUCAAAAGCUUGGCGCCACUACCCAUUCACCCCUUUCUUCCACAACUGCAAGGAGACACCUGAGGACAUAAAAGAGCUUUUUGAGAAAGCUAAAGUUCAGCCAACCUUCAAGACCCUCUACAAGAUUGAAGACCCAGGUCAAUUCUCUAUUCCCUGUCAAGUAAAUGGUCAUUACUUUGAUAGAACACUAUGCGAUUCUGGCUCUUGCAUAAACCUCAUGCCAACCCAAACCGCCAAACUCCUUGGCAUCACACGCUUGCAACCUGCUCAAAUUAGUAUUGGACUUGCUAACCAUACUAUAGCCAAGCCAAGAGGAGUUGUUGUUGAUGUUCUUCUAGAGAUUGGAGAUAUCAAGAUCCCGGUGGACUUUCAUGUCAUAAACAUUCAAGGAGGAUGUGACACACCAUUGAUACUAGGCCGACCCUUUUUGGCCACUGCUGGAGCUGUCAUGGACCUUCCAAACCGGCGAAUGUCCUUAGCCAAUGUGGACAAGACAGUCUUUUACAAGACCAUACCAUUCAUCGCACCAAACAAGCUGUCUUACCUCAUCACUGCCCAAGGCCGCCCAAGAGAGCCACCAGACCACACUCAAGGUCACAAUGAGACAAGAACUAAAAGACUAUGUCUCAGGCCGUGCCCUUACCCCAUCUCCAACUAA